AUGCCGGAAAAAGUCCACUUCAAGUUUGACGACGACAAUAAAGCCGCCUCCAAACUCGAGGUAUCUCGAGGCGUAUCUAGCCCGUCAUCCCGACACACUGUCGCCAAUGGUGCUGGUCCGACAAAUGGAGUCAAACGCCUUCGAGAUGGCAAACCGAAAACAGAUCUCGGUCUGCUGGCAAUUAAAGACGGAAAUACUGGCGUGAAAGCUCGUGUAGCUAGCAAUGCCAGUGGAAAUAGCGGAAAGGGGACCCCGAGACAGGCCAUCUCAAAUGCAGAAAGCAGGUUGGCAGAAACGAAGGCCCCAAAAAACCAAAAGUUCUUGGCUAGAUCUCCACCAAAUGGAGCACGAAAUGUCUUGCGUGCCAGAGGAGAUGGUAUCAAGAAGUCCGGGCAGGACAAGUCGAUUCCUUCCGGCCAUCGAAGUACUGCUGCCCAGUUACAGAAAGCCCGCGAAAGCUUGCCCAUUUGGUCGAAACGGCUGGAUAUACGAUUCGCGUUAAGAGUGAACGACAUUCUGCUCAUCAAUGGAGAAACUGGAUCUGGAAAGAGUACACAGGUUCCACAAUAUUUGUACAAAGAGCCAUGGUGCACGAGGCAGAAGGUCAAGGUCGACUCCGGUAACGGCAAGUCAGAAGAACUACCUGUUGGAGGUAUGAUCGCCAUCACUCAGCCCCGUCGAGUAGCUGCUAUAACUCUGGCUCAUCGGGUUGCGCGAGAGAUGGGCUCGCAGCUCCAGAAAGGGUCAUCGUCUGGGGAAGUUGGGUAUUCAGUUCGAUUCGAGUCGAUUGUACCUCCAGGAACCAAAAUCAAAUUUGUCACAGAAGGAAUGCUGCUUCAGGAGAUGUUGCAUGACCCAAACCUCAGAAGAUACAGUGCAGUCAUUGUUGACGAAAUCCACGAACGAAGCGUUGAUGUGGACUUGAUAACAGGCUUCCUCAGAACUAUAGUCCAUGGCGACAAGGCAGGGCGAGGAGGUAUCCCGUUAAAAGUUGUCGUAAUGAGUGCAACCUUGGACCUUGGGGGAAUCGAAGCUUUCUUUGCAAAGCCAGAGACCUUACCGAGGUAUCAGCCAGGCACCAACCAUGGCAAGAUACUUUUGCGUCAUAUGCCUGGAUAUGAAUUUCGGGCCUCCAGCUCAAAAAGCUCCAGACGAACAUCGAAAGACUCAUAUUCCUCCUGGGAGGGGCUCAAUGAACACGAACUCGGGAAGAAAAAAAACGGGGUUGCCAUUGAAUAUGUCCAAGGCCGUGAGUACGAGGUAGAAAUAUUCUAUAAAACACAUCCUCAACCAGACUACAUGCACAGUAUGUUAGAGAAAAUCCUUCAUCUGCAUGUCCAGGAGCCUCUACCAGGAGAUAUUCUCGCUUUCCUGACUGGCCAAGAUGAGAUCGAAACUUUGCAGGCCGAGCUUGAAAGCCAUGCUGCUAAGCUUAUCAAGACUGUUCCCAAGAUGAAAGUGAUGCCGCUUUAUGGAGCUCUUUCAGCUCAAGCUCAGCAAGACGUAUUUGAAAAGAUCAAGGAGCCCUUCACCCGCAAAAUUGUUCUUGCGACGAAUAUUGCAGAAACCUCGGUUACUGUUUCUGGGGUUCGCUUCGUUGUAGACUGUGGAAAGUCAAAGGUCAAGCAAUAUCGUGCUCGCCUUGGUAUGGAGUCUCUUUUAGCAAAGCCUAUAUCUAGGGUUUCUGCUAUCCAGCGGGCUGGGCGGGCUGGAAGAGAAGCAAAGGGGAAGUGUUUCAGAUUGUACACGGAGUCAGACUAUCUUAAUCUCGACCAGGAUGAACUUCCAGAGAUCCUACGUUGUGAUGUCGUUGAAGCAGUCCUCAAGAUGAAAGCUCGAGGUAUAGAAGACGUCCUAGCCUUUCCAUUGAUGGAUUCACCAAAAACUGCAGCCAUGGAAAAGGCCCUCAUCCAGCUUCACAUGAUGGGAGCACUCGAUGACUCAGGGGGAUUGACAGAUGCAGGACGAAAAAUGGCUCAAUACCCGCUACCUGCAGCGUUGGGCCGCGUUCUUGUUGCGGCUGCGGAGGUGUCCUCAGAUGUAUUGAUCGAUAUCAUUGAUAUCAUUUCGUCACUAACUACUGAUUCCGAGGUUUUCCUCCAACCUAAAUCGGAAGAGGAUCAAGGGGUGAUCGAAGAAGCUCGAGGAGAUAUCUACGGGCCUCAAGGGAUUGCGGGACGUGGAGGUGAUAUUAUCACUCUUCUCACGACGAUGCAGAGGUAUGCUUCAGAGAAGUCAGAUAGAGUAGAAUGGUGUCGCAAGCGAUUGAUAUCUGUCCGGGCGAUGAAGAUGGCAAUGCAGAUUCGGAAGCAGCUCCGUCAACUGUGCGGCCAGCAGAAGCUACUGGAAGACCUGCCCCCUCCGGAUCCUUUACCUUUCGAGCCCGUCGCACCAGAGCGCGCCGAAGUUCUGUUGAAAGCCUUCCUCAAAGCCUUUGCUAUCAAGACCGCACUGCUAGGGCCGGAUGGGAGCUAUGUCACCACACAGGGUAGAAAUCCCAUAACCAUCCACCCGUCGAGUGUCCUUUACGGACAAGAGAAGUUCGAAGCUAUCAUGUUCCUCGACCACGUAUUUACAGCCAAAAGUUAUGCAAAGAAAGUCAGUCCUGUACAAGCUGCGUGGAUAGAGCAAGCUUUCGGAUCCUAG